UUCUUCUUCGUUUCGCAUAAACGUAGCUGUCCUUCUUUUCAACGGACCAGUUGAUUUACAUUGAAAAGCGAAGCGCGGCUUGUCAAAAAGCUCCGGACACGUUGACCAGCCCGGAGCGGAGAGGAGCGGCAGCGGCGACCGCGGAGUAAGACAAGAAGAUAAAGAAGCCUCUUCAUAGGAUAAUAAUCUUCUUAUUCAUCCUUUUUUCUAUUCGCUGGACUAACUCUUCUUCUUCGUGUGUGCCGGUUUGCUCAUUCUAACGGCUCUAACUGAUGAAGCGGUAACAGAACCGUUACAUAAGAAGAAGGCGAAUAUAACGGUCAGAGAUGAGCCGUUACAGCGGAGCGGUACAGUAACCGCAUGUGUCUGGUGGGGCUCGGCGCGGAGAAAAGGCGACAUAAAACGGACCUCUACGUUCACGUGUGUGAGCUCCAUCACGGUUUUUUUUUAUCUCUCGGGUUGGUAAUUUAUUCAAGUAGCACAGUUUAGCUAGGGAAGCCAGUGCUGGUCCAUUCACUAUUGUGUGCGUUUGACUGAAGCUAGGCGGCUAACCUGUGACGCGUUGCUGCCGCUCUUGCCGCUGUAGCGGAAUGAUGAUGAUGAGAAGAAGCCUCCACCUCCAGCAGACAGGCGCUAAUGGCUCACUUUAAUAGACAAAAUAUUUGAUAAUCUGGUUUGUGUGAUUACUAAAUACAGCCUGGUAGCCUGGUGUGUGUGCUCAGACCUGGUGGGGCCCUGCUUAUCAUUCAUAAAACUGGUCCUGGACGCGAAGAAUGGGCCCAUGUCUUAAUGUGGAAAACAAAGAAUUAGGCUACUGAAGAGAAGAAGGGUAAGCUGGUUAGAUAAGCUUGUUUUAGCGUUUUUAGGUGAGCUAGCAAAGCUGGUUAGCAGAUUAGCCACACAGUCUGCUCCCUGCACUCCCUCUGCAACCUCAAUUGGACUAUUUUUUUCUAUUUUGUUCCCUCUCUGCACCACAAUGAGCGGGGACGCCGGGCCGGUGGAAGUGGAGCCCAUGCCGGGCUACUUGUACCUGGUCAGCCGAGCCUCCACCGUCAUGCUGGGCGCAUGGAGAGACUGUAGCUCCUGCGGUCUGGAGCUCUCCAAACGGACUCUCCUGGAUAACGCGUACAUUACCUGGACCGAAAUCGGCCUCUUCUUCUUUUGCGCCUUUUUGUGGACGCAGGUCAGGCGGGGACUGACAGAAAGUCUGUUUCAGCCUCUAGCACAGUGGUGCAGGCUGCUGCCCAAAGAUGCUGCCAAGAUGCCGGAGAGCGCGUGGAAGCUGGUCUUCUACACCAUGUCGUGGUCAUACAGCACCUACCUGCUCUUCUUCACCUCCUACACCUUUUUCCAUGACCCGCCCUCUGUCUUCUACAACUGGCAGAGCGGUAUGUCAGUGCCUGCGGACAUCGCCAUAGCCUACCUGAUCCAGGGCAGCUUCUACGGACACUCCAUCUAUGCUACAGUCUACAUGGACGCGUGGAGGAAGGACUCCGCUGUCAUGGUGGUGCACCACAUCAUCACGCUUGCACUCAUUAGCUUCUCCUACGCCUUCAGAUACCACAACGUAGGGAUUCUUGUGUUGUUCCUCCACGACAUCAACGACAUCCAGCUGGAGUUCACCAAGCUCAACAUCUACCUGAAGUCCAGAGGAGGAGGCUAUCACCUGCUCAAUGACGUGCUGUCCAACAUGGGCUCCGUCAGCUUCAGCAUCACCUGGUUCUGGUUCCGUCUCUACUGGUUCCCUCUCAAAGUGCUGUACGCCACAUGUGUGUCCAGUCUCCAGUCUGUCCCCAACAUCCCCUUCUACUUCUUCUUCAACACUCUCCUCCUGGCGCUGCUGCUCAUGAACAUCUACUGGUUCUUGUUCAUUGUUGUUUUCGUAGUGAAGGUGCUAAAGGUGAAGGAGGUGAACGACGUCAGGGAGUACGAGGACGAGGACGGCAGCAAGGCGGCAGCCGGCCUGCUCAGAGAACCUCGGGCAGAAAACAACAAGGAUGAUGCUGGACAUCACAACUCUGCCCAGGGGAAGCACGUGCAGAACGGGGUCACCAAAGAGAAGCAUCUAUAACAGGCUCUCCAUCGCCACCACCUGGCACCGGGCUACAAGUACAAGCGAGACAAGACGCCCUGCUUGGACGGCUCAAAACGUGGCUGAAGGGGAAUAGUGUCACAAAAAGAAAAAAGGGAAGGAAAAUAGCAAGUUGGGCUUCAAUGGGUUUUUACUCUUUUUAUUUGUUUUAGAACAUUUCAUUUCAUGGCUGUUUUUUUGUUUUGUUUUUAUUAGAGCACUGUGAAUGUUAUUUCAGGUGACUGUUUUGUCUUAUUGUUGCUAACUUUACAUUUGGUAGAUUCAGUAGAAACAAAAACCAGUUUGAGUGAGAGUUGGACGGUGAUUGUCACGUACAGGGUGUCGUAAUCAUCGCCAUCACCCUGAUCGGCACCGCAGCACCCAGACAAGGAAACGGUUUAUAGGCCUGUAGUGGUUCUGUAGACAUUUAGACCAACAGUUGGUAAACAAGCAAUACGCUAAUUCUAUAGGGGUGAGCUGCGUUUGCCGUCAGUGAAAUAAUUAAUUCCUUUGUCCGUUAACCUCCGUCCAUCUUCUCUGACGCAAGACAUGAAGAGAAAAAAAAAAAAUCACGAUUCAAAUGGGAAACAUUUGUCCUCAGUAUCAUUUUUCACGGCUGCAGCGAUGCAGGAGAGCCCGCCUGGCAUCGUCUGCCGCCGUUUCACCACAUGUAUUGAUUUUCAUAUCAUUGCACAAGUCAGUGGUGGCAACCGCACAGCUCUGGCGUCCAUUAGUUUGAACUGAAAAAAGCCACAUUGUUGGUGUGUGUAGGUAUGUGCGUGUGUUAGGUGUUUCAGGAUGGAUGUAGCCGAAUCUUUUAAAAUCCUUCACAACAUUUCACCUCUUAGUUUUGAUUUCUUUUUACAUUUGUAUCUCUUGUAAUGACGAUCAACGGAUUGGAAAUAUUUAAUUGUAUAGAAAAAGCUUCUUUUUUUUCUGUCUUUCUUACGUGUGUUGCAAAGCAUCUGUUGCUGCACUGACAUGAAGGCGUACAAGCUGGUUGCUGGUUUAAUGACAGCAAAUAGCUAGAAUUGAUUGACUGGGUUUCAGUAUCAUGCUCAUCAUUUUAAUUUGUUUUAAACAAUAUGGAUUCAUAUUUAUAACCAGUUCGUGGGUGGUGGCGGCUAUCGGGUUCACAGGAAAUUGAAACAAUAGCCCAGAACUUGUGUAAAGAUAAAGAUCAGUAUGAUAAAAAAAAACAAAAAACAUUAUGUAUGCACACAUUAUGGUAUUCAGGAAUGCAUGACAUCGAAUGAUUUUGGAAAUAUGCUAUGAAAUUGUCUUACAAACAAUGAAGAAAAAAAAUCCUCGAGCUAUGUAAUCAUAAUGUCUUUAUUAAUGUCUAAAAAUCCUCCUGAAAGUGAUCUUUCUUUGACGCAGCAGUGACCACUGAACACAUACAAACCAGUGUGUGAUAAACAUUAAAAUGUGUGUAUUUUAAGAUAUAUUUCAGACACACAUUAAGGGAUGAUAUUAAAGUUUUUGUCCCAGAAAUCCCACAUAUGGGAAGAUUUUUGAUGUUAUCUGUAAAUUAAACAACAGUGAGUGGUUUCCCUGGUUCCCACUGGUUUACUGUGUGUGUGUUAAGUGGAAACAGCUGUGGAAAAUAAGGGAUAUUUCUAUUCUUCCUACCUUCUCGAUCAAAUUCAAGCUCUUGUUUGGAUGAACAGCGUGCUUGUGCUGCUGGAGCAGGCCGCAGAUGUUGUGCUGUUUUAGUUUUAUCUGUUUGUCUUCCACAUUCCCCAUGUCUGGGGGGGGAGUUACAACUAACUUUUAAUUUUAUAUUAAACUAUCACUAUUAUUGCUGUAGUUCAGGUUUUUAAUUGCUGCUGGUUUAUUUUUCCUCUGAGAGCACUGUUGGUAUUCCAGUUUUGUUUUUGUUUUUUCUGAGUCAGUCACAGAUCUGCUCAGAUCAGAUAUUUCCAGGGAGAGCUGUUUUGUUCAUCAUUACAAACAUCUGGAUUUAGUCUCUUCCUGUUAAUCUGAAUGCUAGCUCACACUCAUUUUUACUGUAGUCAGUAUACAACCGUACUGUAAAGCAACACGGUUUAUCAGACAUGUUGCUGUGUGUAAUAUAUCAGACGUCCCGUGGCUGACUGGUUGUACUAGCAUGGUAUUCUGGCAGGAAGUGACCUCUGAGGUCUCGACUGCUCAACUGUGAGACUAGAUGAUCCAUAGUUUGCUGAUAUUUUUUGUGAUAUGGUGACAGGAAGGAAGUUUACAGUAAACCCACAAAGACCUGUGAUCUGGAUUAGGUGUGACUCAUCCCUCAAGUCUGGUUUGGUACUGUGUGCAGAAGGUGCACCUUCAAUCUCUCCCCAACUGUGUCAUGCACACAAACGUUCCCGUGAUGUGAUGUAGUAACUACUACUAGGGGUGGGCGAUAUGACAAAAUGUUGUCAAUCAAUGAGCAGUUUUAUGGAAAUAUUGGAUUUUAUAUUUUUGCAUCUAAAGUACUUUGUCUUUUCAGGUAUUUACUUUGAUGGAUUAUCCCAAAACAGCUGCAGCAACUACCAGGUUUGCAUUAGAUAAUAGUCAAUACAAUCAUCAUGUAUGUAUGAUAUGAAAUUGUAUCCAUGUCGCCCACCCCUAACUACGACCCAGAUGUGAACAACCUAUCUGAAAUUGAAGGAAAAAAAUUAAUUGUCAAUUUAGUUUUCUUUAUGUAUGGAUUUGGCUGAUUAUUAUUUAAACGUCCAAAAUGUUGAAAACAUGUUGCACGUGAAGCUGAGUUCAGUCAGACAACUCAGUUUGUUAAUGUACAGACUUGAUAUUUGACGUCUAGGCUUUGACCUUGUCACUCCCUGUUUGCAUACAUUAAGAUCAGCACAGAGAAGAUGAAGAAGCAGU